UGGUUCGUGAAAUAAGUCACCGGUGAGCCGGUUAAGUGGGCCGGGGAGAUGACAGGACAGACGGACACUGAUAUUCCAGAGACAGGGGCUGUCUUCAUAUUUGGAAAGAGCAAGUUUGCUGAUAAUGCACCCUGUAAAUUCUGGUUGAAGGAUGACCAUCCUCAGCAAAUAUCUUGCGGGGGAGAACACACUGCUGUCAUCACUGGCAAUGGCAGGCUCUUCAUGUUCGGUUGUAACGCCUGGGGUCAACUGGGCCUGGGGUCUAAGCCCAACAUUAGUAAACCCACCUGUGUCAAAGCUUUGAGGUCUGAAAAGGUGAAGUUGGCAGCGUGUGGGAAAGAUCACACAGUCGUGUGCACAUGGCGAGGGGGUGUAUAUAGUACUGGGACCAACCAGGAAGGACAGUUGGGUCUGGGCCACUGUGAAGACAUCUCCUCCUUCCACCUGUUGCAGCCCUUCUGUGACCACAAACCAAUCAGGGUGCUCUCAGCAGGAUGCAGUACCUCUGCUGCCCUGACAGAGGAUGGGAGGUUGUUUGUGUGGGGGGACAACUCCGUGGGACAGAUUGGUUUGGGUGAAGAGAACCACGUCUCAGAACCCAGAGAGCUGGAACUGGACCAGCCAGUGGCCUGGGUAUCCUGUGGCUCGCACCACUUAGCUAUUGUUACAGUGAAUGGAGACCUCUACACGUGUGGGGAGAUUGGAUACGGAAGGCUUGGCCUUGACCCUGAUCAGCUGACCAAUCACAGGGUCCCUCAGCGGGUGAAGGGCAUUGUGGGCCGGGUGACCCAGGUGUCUUGUGGAGGAGAACACACCAUGGUGCUCACAGAAGGGCACGUGUACACGUUUGGCCGGGGUCAGUAUGGCCAGCUGGGGCAGGGCACCUUCCAGUUUGAGGCCCUUAUUCCCCAGACCCUGGAUCACUUCAGGAACACCUCAGUCAGCCGUGUGGCCUGUGGAGAACACCACACUGCCAUCAUCACAGAGAAAGGCCUUAUGUACACUUUUGGCAACGGUCGCCAUGGGAAACUAGGCCUGGGGGUGGAGAACUUCACCAACCAGUUCCAACCAACGCUGUGUCCCCGCUUCCUCAAGUACUUCGUCCAAUCAGUAGCCUGCGGCAGCUGUCACAUGCUGGUGCUAGCCACGCCCAGAACGCCAGAAAACCAGGAAGUAGUGUUGGUGGAGGAUAGUGAUGAUGUUAUAGAGGACCUUUUGGAGAACCUGGUGGAGGUGAGCUACAACCAUCUGCUGCUGACGGAGGUCUCCUUCAGCCCCGCCCCUCCCACGGUCCCCGCAUGCUCAAACCCCUCGGCCAGGGCACGGCGCAGGAAUAGGGAGGGCUCUGCAGACCAGUUCGGUCACAUGUUCCAGAACCUUCCACCUCUGACGUCUGCCUUCCUCAAUACCACUCUGUCCAGAAACAUCCUCCCCCAGAAGAUAAACCAAAAAGACCCUUCUACCCCGCCCUCCAAAACCCACUCUAAGCCCUCAAGUCCAACACCCUCCCCCUCCCCCAAAUCUCCUCACAGUGCAGCACCGUCCACACAGUUCCCCUGGCCAGACCCAGCCAGACCCUCACCCUCACCCAGGUCCAUCCCAAAGAGGAAGCCCAUCUCUGCAUCGAAAGAGCCCGCUAGCCCCUCAUCACCUCUCAAGAACACACCGGAUCAUUUACUGUCCCCCUCCCCCAGAACUCCCUCUUAUAAACGAACGAAUGAAAAGAAACCGACUAAGACUGCUUCUCAAGGCAUCUCUGGCUCCAGAGCAGAGCAGCAGGGUCCUACUCUGAAGGGGAAGUCCAUCACUGCUAGGCAGUCCCUUAAGAGGACCGUACUCAUCAAGGCCUCGGAGGACAACAGCACUGACGACAGUGAUAGAUUACUCAACCUGGUAUCGGAGACGAGCCGGGUUUCAGGUGAUGAGUCUGGCAGCGUGCCUGAGGGACAGAUGGAGAAGAGGAAGAGAGGAAGGGUCUUGAGGAGAGCUGUGAAAGAGACAGAGAUGGUUUCUGAGCAUGCUCAGUCCAGUGGGUGGGCAGGGCUGCCUACGAGGAAGGCCCUGCCCACGGAGCUCCUGAUUGGCUCCAGUCUGCAGUCCAUAGAAGCUGAAGGCCCGCCCCCGCAGAGCAAACGUGUCAAAAGCCCCCACAGCGCAUCCGAUGUUGAGCAGACUGUCACCACAACAACGAAGCGCGCGAAGAUCAAAGUUAAAGCUAACAUCAGUAAUCAGGAUAGCAAUCUUGGAGGCGGUGAAGGUGAGCUGUGGCCAGGGACGCCCUCAAAAACCCAGCCAAAGGUUUCAGAAUCAAAACGCAUGAAGCUGCCUGUGUCCACGCCUAACACUCCAACACGUGGUCAACUAAAAGUACCUGAACCAAAAUCCAAUAUCCCUAAACCGAGCUUAACGGCUAAGGUGAAGACAGGCACAGACGUGAAGUCUAUGUCCACACGAGGCCAGCCAAACAAGGAGCAGGAGAAAGUGAGAUCUGACCCCAAAACAGAAAAGAGCAGCCCUCAAAAAGGUCAACCUCUAAAAUCGCCAGUGAAGGUGAGAGGUCAGACUGCAGAGGGUUUCUUAUCCACACCUGUGAAGGUCAAAGGCAAGGUCAAAGGUGAUGAGCCGGUCAAUGUCACUUCCAAAGAUGCCAAGUCCAAAGUCCAGGGUAAAAUCACUGAGGUCAAAUCCAGCCUAGUCAAGGGUCAAAGUAAGCAACAAGAAGUCCUCAAAGGUCAAAAUAAACUGUCAGAAGUCAAAUUCGUAACGGGUAAAACUAACCCAAAAACAAAAAGUCCAUUAACACUCUCAUCCACCCCCGUCAAGGUUAAAGGUCAAACUCAAGAGGUUAAAUCCACUCCUGUCAAAGAUCAGGCUAAGCUGUCUAAGAAAACUUCUAUUCCUGUGAAGUUAAAAAGCAAAACUGCAGAAAAGGAAAACCCCAAGGGCAGCGGUGACAAGCAGAAGUCUGUUAGAACUCUGAUGAAAAGAAAAAAACUGGAGGAGAAGAAAAAUAUAGAGGACAAGAAUAGCCAGUCAGAAGCUUCCGGAACAACAACAGGGGAAGAUGAGAAGCAAAUGCCAGAGAAAGCAAAGGGCAAACCAACACAAAAACUCGGCACCCCCCUCAAGGACAAUACUCUGCCGUUGGAAGCCAAACAAUUACCCUUUAAGGAGACUGAACCCGAGCUGACCGAUUCAAAGGGAGCUCCUGUGAAAAGCAAACCCAUCGCAGUGGUCUCCAGCCAGCCCUCGCAGUUCAGGAACCAGCCCAUACAGGUGGUGAGUAGUAACCCUGAACCAGCCUCCACAGAGGCUCCUGCUACCUCACAGGGGACCAGGAGAACGGGUGUGAUCUCCGUCGGCAGGACCAAACCCCUGGAAGCCUCCCUUCCACCACAGGCAUCCUCUCCAACCAGCUUCCAAUUCACCUCCCAGGAGCUAGGGACCGGAACCAAGGCUGGGUCGCCAUCCCCAGAAACAGCAGCAGCUUCAAACAUGGCCACUGCCCAAGAGAGUGAGCCCAGCGGGGCUGGGGUUUUCAGUGCCGCAGCCUCCCUACUUCCUGCCAUGGGGGUGGCCGGGGCAGCCAUGGGGGUGGCAGGGGCAGCCAUGGGGGUCCUCGGUGAGGUAGCGACGAGCGUGAGGGACUUUCAGUCAGGCAGUGACACGGCCACCUCUACGCCGCCAAGGAGAUUAAGCAGGACGGAGAGGAUCACUAAGCAGAGCGCCAUCACACAGGCUUCCUCCUCUUCCUCUUCCUCAGAUCAGAGGGCCGCCAGUGGCACCUCUCAGGACCAAUCAGGACCCGCAGGUGGGAUGUCAGAAGGAGAGGAGGACCAAUCACAGAAAAGAGAGGACAUGGAGAGUGGCAGCGAGCAGGGAGAGGAGGACGACAGGAGCAGGAAGAGUGGUAAUAAGGAGCAGGGGGAGGAAGAGGCCAACCAGAGGGAGGGAGGAGGAUCAGAGAAUGACAGCCAGGAUGAGAGUGACAGUGGGGGGGGAGGGGAGCAGGUAGAGAGUGAGGACGAGGAAAGCGAAAAGAUGAGUGAUGGUGGAGAGGCUGAGGAAGAGAGUGAAUCGAAGAAAAGUGAGGAGGAAAAUGAAGAAAAGGAUAGUGAUAGUCAGACAAGCAGCGAGGAGGGUGGAGAGGAGGAGAGUGAGGACAGUGAUGUGGGAGAAGGGGAGGAGGAAGGAGAGAAGAAUGAGGAGGAGAGUGAGAGAGGGGAGGAGGAAGAGAAGAGUGAUGAAAGUGGCGGGGAGGAGAAAAGUGAGAGUGAGGGAGAGACUGAAGGACUCAAAGAGGAGGAGGAGGGUGAAGUAAAUGAAGAUAAAGAAGAGAAGGAGGAAAGCGACGAAGAAUCAGGGAGUGAAGUGGAGGGUAAGAACGAGGGAUCGGAGCAGGAGGAAAAUGAACAAGCAGAAGGAGAGAGUGAAGAGGAUAAUGCUACAGAGUCUGGGCUGGAGGAAGGAGAGGGGGAGGGGGAAGGAGAGAGUGAGGCUGAGGAGGAAGGAGGGGAGAGCGAAGCCAGUGAAAAUGAGGAGCAGGAGGGAGACGAGGAGGAUUCUAGUGAGAAAGAGGAGGAGGGGAAGGAGGCACAGGAGGAGGAGGCAGAGGAGGAGGAGGAGGCACAGGAGGAGGAGGAGGCAGAGGAGGAGGAGGAGGCAGAGGAGGAGGAAGAGGCAGAGGAGGAGGAGGCAGAGAAGGAGGGGAAGGAGGCACAGGAGGAGGAGGCAGAGGAGGAGGCACAGGAGGAGGAGGAGGCAGAGGAGGAGGAGGCAGAGGAGGAGGAGGAGGAGGAAACUGAACAGGAUGAGGGGGCAGCUGAGGAAGAGGAAGAUGAAAAUAAUGAAGAAGAAGCUGAAGAGAAGGAGGAGGAGAAAGGUGGGGAAGAGGGGGAGAGUGAACAGGAUCAAGGGAAUGAGGAGGAGCAAGGAGAGGAGGAGGAGGAAGAGGAGGAGGAGGCAGAGAAGACAGACAAUAAGGGACCUGCUCCAUCCGGCAGGAGAGGGGAGCAGCAGACAGAGAGGCACCAGCCGGCUGCCCGGACCAAGCAGAGGGCUGCUGGGAAGAAUCAGGCCAACGGCUCCCCUGACUCCCAGCAGUUCUGGAACAAUGUCUUGCCUCAAUACCUGGACCUGAAGUAG